GGAGUAAACUCGUGACGUCAUGCUAGGCGGGACCCGAAGAGGAGGAGGAGGAAGAAGAAGAGAGGAAAAAGGCUGCCUGUCUGGAUAAACAUGUCAUGUAACGGUUCUCGGCAGCAUCUACCCCAGCCGGCAGCAAGGCCCGCCAACCACAUGGUGGGGAAGGAUUGCAAUCCAUAAUAUGGACAAAACAGGAGCCAUGAGUGCAGUGGGCAAAGUUAGCGGUCUCAAGCCCCCCAGUAAAAUAGGUCGUCCGCCUGUAGUGACCAUGAAGACCACCCUUUCCUCAGGAACUCCAAAGGCACCCCCAGCUUCUGAGAAGCCCCCUGGCAGUGGCGUCACCCCCCUUGGCCAAGAUGGCGUCACUGACUUCCAGACUGGGGAACGGGUCUGGGUCAAUGGCAACAAGCCCGGCCACGUCCAGUUCGUGGGCGGCACGCAGUUCGCCCCGGGCCAGUGGGCGGGCAUCGUGCUGGACGAGCCCAUUGGCAAAAACGAUGGCUCGGUGGCGGGCGUGCGCUACUUCCAGUGCGACGACGGCAGGGGGAUUUUCACGCGGCCCUCUAAGCUGUCCAGAACGCCGCUGCCAGAGAAGGAAGCCAACGGGGCACAGGCUAAGCCCACACAAGGCGGAAGCGAGACUGCGUCAGGUGGGACGCCGUCAACGGGGACCAUUCCCCCCUGCGGAAAGAUAACCGGCACGCUCACCCGAACACUCCAAUCAACGGAGUCAGCGUCCAACCUCUCUGACACGGACUCCAUAAAAAAGAACAAGCGAGAGCUCAGGAAAGGAGAUCGUGUCCUGGUUGGCGGGACCAAGGCAGGCGUGGUGCGUUUCCUGGGUGAAACGGAUUUCGCCAAAGGGGAUUGGUGCGGCGUGGAGCUGGAUGAGCCUCUGGGCAAGAACGACGGCGCGGUAGCUGGCACCAGAUACUUUCAAUGCAUGCCCCGGUAUGGCCUCUUCGCCCCCGUCCACAAAGUGACCCGGAUCGGCUUCCCGUGCACCACGCCGACCAAAGCCAGGAGCUCCCACCGGAGGUCCCUCCUCAAGAGGAGCCCGAGCGCUUCCUCCAUCAGUUCCAUCAGCUCCACCACCUCUUCCGUCAGCGGCAAACCCAGCCGAGCGGGACUGUUGACGGAGACGUCGGCCAGAUAUGCUCGUAAAAUCUCGGGAACCACGGCGCUGCAGGAGGCGCUCAAGGAGAAGCAGCAGCACAUCGAGCAGCUGCUGGCUGAGCGCGACCUGGAGCGCUGCGAGGUGGCCAAGGCCACCAGCCACGCUGGGGAAGUGGUGCAGGAGCUUGCCCUGCUGAGGAAGGGCCGUGAUCAGUACGCCGUGGAGACAGAGGCCAAGCUGGACCAGCUGAGGUCGUUGGUGGAAGCAGCCGACCGGGACAAAGUGGAGCUACUCAACCAGCUGGAGGAGGAAAGAAGGAAAGUAGAAGACUUGCAGUUCCGCGUGGAGGAGGCGUGCAUCACCAAAGGCGACCUGGAGACGCAGAUCCGCCUGGAGCACGCCUGCAUUAAGGAGCUUGAGCAGAGCCUGCUCUUUGAAAAGACCAAAGCCGACAAACUCCAGCGGGAUUUAGAGGACACCAGGGUGGCCACGGUGUCAGAGCGUUCGCGCAUCAUGGAGCUGGAGCGAGAGGUGUCGGACCUGCAGCUGCGUCUUCGAGCGUCGCUACAAAAGGAGGACGCGGCGUCACUCUCCCAGCAGCAGCUGGCCAGCCUCAAGGCCCAAGCCCAGUCCCAGGAGAAGAAGAUCAGUGAGCUGAGCGUGGACCUGGAGAGCAAAGAGAAGGAACUUCGGUCCAUGCAGGACGAUAAGGACUCGCUGCAACAGCAACUGGGCACCUUGGGACAGCAGCUAGAGCAGGCCGAGCAAGAGAGCGCCAAGAUAACAAAGGCCGCGCAAGAAGCGGAGCAGUGCAAGAAGGACUUCCAGGACCUGAAAGAGGGGAGUCAGUGUCGAGAACAGGAACUCAAAGCUCGGCUGUCUCAGGCUAUCGAGACGUCGGAGGGGACGUUGCUGUCCUUGGAGAAGCUGACCAAUGAGAAGAAGGCGCUGGAGACGCAGCUGGACACGCUGAAGCAGCAGAAUUGCAAAUACCAGGAGGAGUUAAGUCUUGCUCGGGAGCAGCAGCACCUCAUCCACAAGAACGUAGAGAUGUCCACUGAGGACUCUGGUGUCCAGGACUCUUCUGACUUGAUUGCCAAUGACAAAGAGCGCGAGCUGGAGACUCUGAGGAAUGAGGUGGCAACGUUACGGGACCAGAACGCCGUGGCUGAGACGCUUCGAUCGGCUGUGGCGACGCUGGAGCAUGACAAAGCUCAGCUUCGAGAGCGCGUCCGCGGCUUGGAACAAAGGCUCAUGGGACGCUCGGCCUCGGAGGACGAUAAGCAGGAGAAGGCGCUUCCAGGUGACAAGGCUAUGGAGCAGCUCAGGGAGGAGAAGGAGUUCGCCGAGGGUCAGAUCAACUUCCUGAACAGCGUCAUCGUCGACUUGCAGCGCAAGAACGAAGAACUGAAGAUCAAACUUAAGAAGCUAGCUUUGGCCGAGUUCAUUGGCAACGACGGCACGGACGGUGUGGAGCCGGCAAAGUCCAAGCAUGACAACAAGGCUCCGCCGCGGCCCUUCUGCGACAUCUGCGACUGCUUCGACCGGCACGACACGGAGGACUGCCCCACGCAGGCGCAGAGUCCCGACGCCGUGCCGCACUCCAGCUACCGCGGCCAACGCGACAAUGAGCGACCCUACUGCGACGUCUGCGAGGUCUUCGGCCACGCCACCGAGUCCUGCAACGACGACCGCACUUUCUAGACAGAUGCUAAAGUCCACCGAUCCAGUCUUCUACCAUGGUGCAAUGUGGACGUAAGUAUUUGACAUUCCUGUUAAGCUACCAACCAACAAGGUCACCUCAUGUUUGACAUCAUCAGACUUUGGCGCAACGCUUUGCCAACAUGUAAUGCCCGACUCAAAUCUCUCUGGUACAUGAGGUUCAAAUUUGGUAGUACUCGGAUCAAAUCAAUAGGUGGAAUCUCUUUGAAGGAAAUGGCUAUAAUUGCCCUGAAAAGGCUGCUUCAAACCAAAAUGGCAUGCUUCCUUUAUUUUUUGCCACCCGUAUGCAUUUACAAAAAAACAUUUUCGUCCUAUGGUGUCGUUGAUCUGUCUCGUAUAUGAGGUGAACAUUUGGUAGCCAUCGGACAAAGUAUUUUCUUUGGAAAAAUGUUUUUAUGCAACUCCUCCAUUUUCGAGUUUAAUUGACAUCGACAGCACAUCCAGGAAACAAAAAAUGGCGUUAGCUGGAACGAAGCACGUCCAUGAAUCCAACGCGUUAGUAACAUCAAUAAUUUUGACUGAUUUUAUUACUCAACUAGUCUUUCCUGCUUUUAUUAAUUUUCCCCUUCAUAAAAGAAAAGAAAUAUUGCUAUGCUAAGUGAUUUGAGCUUUUAAACACAUUUUAUGCAUUGACACUUUUAAUAUUUAAUAAUAGUUUUUAUUGUUCUUCAGCGUUAUUUUUAACAAAAUGAGUUUUUUUUUCCCCCCGCUGAUAUUUGUGGCUUUCCUCAGCGGCAUAAGCUAGCUAUCACAGUUUCGUUCUAUUGUAGCAGCUCUACGAACUCGCCGUCUUUGCACUGAUCACUUUAACCACACUUAACAGCUUUAACGCUGUCUGCAACCAUUCGUGACAAAUAUGUUGUUUUUUUUGUCGGAAGAAUUGAUUCCAAACAUAAUCACUUUAAAAAAAAAAAAAAAAAAGUUUCUAAUGAUCACUGCAUGAAUCUUUUUUUUAUUCUUUAUUAUUCAUUUUAGUCUAAAGUCUGGCUUGUUUGCUAAGUUAAGCCUGGGAUAAAAAGGGAAAAUAAUUAUUUAGCAUUAUCAUGAAGUACCGCCGAUUAGCAUACCUUAACAAAACACGAAAAUGAAAAACGCGCUAUCUUAGCUUGCAAACGUUUUCCCCUUGCUUUUUAUGCAAAGCCAAACAACUUGCUUACAUAUCAAUGUCAUCGUGAAGCACAACUUUUUUGGAUCAUAUUGAAUCUCUGGGUGUUUCUAUUAUCCACAAUGUGACUCACAUGUUGAAAAAUUGUAUAUAAUACAAAUCAGAAGCUUAUGUGACCAACGUGCGCACACUGCCAUCAUGGAGCUUCAAGUUUAUUUUUCUGCCCUGUUUAUAAGAUGCCCUCCCAUUUAAUGUAUAGGGGGAAAAAAAUUGUGCUCUUUGUACGUCAUAGAUUCAUGUUUUAUACGUGGCUGGGAUCUCCAUGGAUGUGUUGUCAACUUGUCCAAUGUCCCCUUUUCUAUGUUGUACUGUAGUCCAAUACAAGCAGCAAGUCCACUCUU